UCGAAGACGUCAACGGAACGCUCAUUUUUCACGGAGUCCAGGACGAUGAUGCCGGCCAAUACACUUGCAUCGCCACCAAUUCUCAAGGGCUCGUCAGCGCUUCCAUCUUGAUCAACGUGACGAUGUCGCCACAUUUCACGUCGCCACUCAACAACAUCACGUUCGCCAAGGAAGGCACGAAAGUUGAACUGCAUUGCAGAGCGGAAGGUUACCCUGCCCCGACGAUUCAAUGGGAUCGAGAUUCCGUCAUGGACGGAUUUACUUCUGAUCGAUUCUCUGUGGAUCGAAACGGGACGUUGACAAUACAAAAUGCCCAGCAAGAGGAUCAGGGAUUUUACGGAUGCACGGCUGGUAAUGCCGGAGGAUUUAAAAGGGCAGAGUUUCGAUUGGCGAUUGGGAAUACCAAUCAGGUGAUUACGACGGUGCUGAAUCCAUCGCCAAGACUAUAAUAAUCACGUUAGGAGCGGCCGCUGCCUACAU